UACAAUUGUGGGAGUGAGAAUGAGAUAUCUCCAAAUCCUAGAGAUUUUUGUUUAGCAUUCAGAAAUAUGGAGUGAUCCUCCAAAUGGAAAAUUUUCUUCUCAGAGAUCUUCGCCUGGUUGAAUCUCAUGAGGGAUAAGAAAAAGAAGAGAAAUAGUUUGAAAUCACCGGUUGAAAUGUGUUUGAUUGAUUGGUUAAUUCGUGAUCAUAAUUACUGCAAAACAUUCCCGACAAAUUAUACUCUAUAUUUUCUAGAGGCCCGACCUACUAAUUUUCUAUUUAAACACCCAACGUUAGCUCUGUUUUAAACCAGAAAAGUGCACACACCAAGAAGCAGACACUUUCCUCAACUCGUUUACGACCAUAAUUUAGUUUUCGCUCAUCAUGUCGGAGUCCGAUGGCAAUACUGGUUUCAUGAGUUGUCAAUUGAAAUUGGAUACCAGCACCCCUGGAUGGCAUAAGACCAUGACCAAAGUUUUAAGCAAAAUCAAGGGGUUGUCUUACACCAUUGAUGCACAAGCCGGGAUUGCGCAUGUUUCGGGCACAAUCGAGCCGGACACCCUUCUCAAGUUAUUAUCAAAAUCAGGGAAGCAUGCAGAGCUGCUUAGGAUUGACUCGGGAUAUAAGAAUCAGUUCUACACGGCAAAGCCUGUUGCUAAUUACAGAAAUGGACAUGGUUAUGGGCAGGGUUAUUAUAAUAAUCAUGAUUAUGGAUAUUAUAAUCCCAAUGGAACAGGUAAUUCCUACCCUAUAGCAACAGAUCCCUACCAUCAUCAACGGUACUACCCUAAUUACCAUGAGCGGACGCCACAACCCCUGAGUUUCCCACAGCCACCGCCGCGGAUGGAGAUUCACCCAUUUUAUGAUCCGGACACCCAAUGUACCAUCAUGUGAUCAGUUAUUGAAAUUAAAAUGCCAUGGAUUUAGGGUUGGCGUUUUAAUAUUACAUAUAUGAUUCCCACUACAUAUAAAAUGUGGGUUAUGAAGUUUGGUUUUUCCCUUCUUCUUCAAUAUUUGGGAGUUGUUAAGGGGUUUCAUUUGGUUUGCGAUUCUCCGAUUAUUAAAGGAGAAUGUUAAAAUUUUUUGAACGGAGUUGUUCUCCAUAUAUUUAUAAUUAUAAGAAGUCAGGGUUUGAGUGUACUUGUCUCAAUGUUUUUGAAAGAGUGUAGACUUGAACUGUAAUGGACAUCAUCUAUAUAAAUAUAUAUUUUGGUUACAUGAUCAUGGGAUCCACUGGUUCGAAUACUUUGACAGAUGAGAUGAGCCUCCUCCUCUCCUCAGCCAAAACAUAGGGCAACAUUGAAAUAGCCCACACAGUCCUAGUCCUACAGAUGUACUGAAUGCACAUCGUCUGGAUAUUUGAAACUGAUCUGAAA